UAGGAAGGAAGUCAUAGGUAGGAAGUAAUUUAUUGGUGGACAGUUCAUAUCAGAUAUGGAGAAACGUUUCUACGUGUUUCCUGAGAGCAGAAACAAGCGCUGAGGAAGCUUCAGAUGUGUGUUUGUCCUCCAGCAGCUGCUGCGAGUGCUCACUCUGCUGAAUGCAGAGCUGAUAAGCUUCCUGCUGAUGGGGAACACAGCUAUCUCCGGUCUUCACUGGUUUCCCAUGAGCCUGUGCAACACAGAUGGGAUGUUGAGCAACGUUCUUUAUCCUCCGUCACUGAAACAGCUGUCCGUCAGUGAUUCUCUCCAUCUGGCUCUCGUAGCAUAACGCCAAGAAGAUAAAUUCCAUUUCACUUAAAGAUGUCACAGUGGGGAGUGUUUCUGGUGUUGCGUCAGUGUUUCUCAGUGUUUCCCAGUGUUUCUGGUGUUUCCCACAGCCUGGGAACUAAAAACCACAUCCCUGCUUGAGGAAUCGGGAUCCAAGUUUUUUAGCGAUUCAAGGAACUUGCAUUCCAUAAGAAUGUUUCUACACAUCUGUGUCUGCCUCGGCUGCCUGACUCAUUGCACUAGCGCCGCCAUCAGGUCAACAUGUUCAUGUGUCUUUACUUUAUGACCUGCAGACCUAAAGACGGUCUUUAUCCUCGCCUCCUUUAUCUUGUGUGUUGUUGCUGACAGGCCCGAUGUCUUAACGCUGCGUCCAUGUUGUGUCUUCUACAGGACUGGGUGACGGCCACCGACAUCAGAGUGACCCUGAACCGGCUCAACACGUUCGGAGACGAGGUUUUCAAUGACCCCAAGGUCCUCAAGUCCUACUACUACGCCAUCUCUGACUUCGCUGUGGGGGGAAGGUGUAAGUGUAACGGUCAUGCCAGCGAGUGUGUGAAGAACAGCGGAGGACGGCUGGUGUGUAACUGCAAACACAACACGGACGGCGACGACUGCAACGUCUGCAAACCGUUCUACAACGACCGGCCGUGGAGGAGAGCGACCGCCGACAGCCCCAACGACUGUCUGCCCUGCGACUGUAACGGGAAGAGCUCUGAGUGUUACUACGAUGCCGAGCUGUACCGGGCCUCGGGUCACGGAGGUCACUGCACAAACUGUGCCGACAACACGGACGGGCCCAACUGUGAGCGCUGCCUCGACUACUACCACAGAGACGCCGGCAGCAGCCGCUGCCUGCCCUGCGGCUGCAACACCGUCGGCUCAGAGUCUCCUCAGUGUGACAACAGAGGAGUGUGUGCGUGUAAACCCGGAGUGACCGGAGAGAAGUGUGACCGCUGCCAGCCGGGAUACCACAGUCUGACGGAGGCCGGCUGCAGGUAAUGAGUGGAGUCUGGUGUUAAUGUCAUCAUCAUCAACACAGCAUGUAAACAUCUACACACGUUCUUAUAUUUACUACUUUUACUGGGCGGUUUCUACUCAGGCACACAUUUCUGCAGCCGUUUUUUUAUUUUAUUAAAAUGCCAUAAAAACAUUUUUACACUGUGAUAUUAACACAUUUACUGUAACAUAGUACAUUUACUGUAUUAUGUGUACUUGUAUACUGUGGUAUUGGUACUUUUACUGUAACACUUUGAUGAAUUCGGUUCUCAGUGAAUGAUUGAUUGAAUCUGCAACAACUAAUAAUCGUUCAUCUGUUGAGUGUUUACAGUUUGUCAGAAGAGAUCAUUUCCUGUCGUCCUCUCAGAUAUUAAUCUGAAUCUUUGUGACAAAACAAAACAAGAUGUCCCCUUCACCAAACAAUAAAUCAAAUCAAAUAACCGGCAGAUUUAUCAAUCAUCAGAUGAAUCAUCAGCCUGACCGUCCCGUUCACAGACAGUCUGGGGUGUGUUUAGCCUAGCUUAGCACAAAGUCUGGAAGCAGGGGGAAACUGUUAGCAUACAAUAAUUCAGCUUAAUUUACAUGUUGAUUGUUUAGCAAGUGCAGAAAUAUAAAAGUAGAAAUGAAACAGUGAUGAUUAUCUUUUGAGACUGAGCUUUAAGCGCCCUCUGCUGGAGAGAUACGAACAUUACAACUUUAUUAGAGUCUCUGAUUGUCUGCUGGACCAGGACUAAAUGUGUGAAGGUCCAGGUGAUGGUGAUGGUUAUGAUCAUGGCUAUGAUCAUGGUGAUGGUU